UUGUACUUAAAUGACGAUUUCAGUACGCUAUGAGAUGUUGUGAAAGCAAGCACACUCUUGUCCAUCGAGUGGAAUGUGUAAACUGAUUACGCGAGACUGAGUGUACAGCGGUUUUAAUUCAGCUUUGUCGCGCUUUCGGAGGGCUUGGACGUUUAAUAGGCACAUCCGAGCGCAAUCGAAGAACGUGUCGAAGAAACCUACCGAAAGUCGAUCUGUAAUUAAAUUUCGCAAAAAUGGUCACGGAGAUAUUAUUGACGGUAGUUUUGGGAUUGUUUUUAUUCUUCUACGCUUUUCAAUAUGGAAAUCGGGGAAGGAAGCUAAAUUUGAUACCAGGUCCUCCAAUAACGCCAUUAGUUGGAAACGUGUUCAUCAUCAUCGUUUCACCAAGAGAGCUUUGGAAACUUAUGCGACGGUACGCCGCCGAGUAUUAUCCAAUUUACAGACUUUGGACUUUCACGAUGCCGUACGUCAAUAUUUUUCAUCCGAACGACAUGGAGACUAUUCUCGGUAAUUCCAAGUCCAUUCAGAAGAGCAUUGUUUACAAUUUGAUGACGUCUUGGUUCGGCACCGGGCUCCUCACCAGCUCAGGUCGCAAGUGGCAUAUGCGCAGAAAGAUAUUGACGAACGCUUUUCAUUUCAACGUAUUGCAACAAUUCGCCGAUGUUUUCAUCGAGGAAUCGGAGCGUCUGACCAAAUCCUUGAAAGACGAAGGUGGGCCAGUCGUCAAGGACUUGACGCUUUUCUACAGCGAGCAUACUUUGAACGUUAUAUGCGAAACCGCGAUGGGGACCUCGUUGGAGGAUAAAGGGCCGUUUCAACUCGAGUAUCGAAAAGCUGUCUACGAUAUGGGAAAAGUUAUAACAUACAGAUUAGUAAGACCAUGGUUACUCCUAAAUUUUGUCUUUAACUUGGUUCCCCGAGGAUGGGAGCAGACUAGGUUACUCAAAAUAUUACACGGCUUCACCGAGAAGAUCAUCGAAGAAAGGAAGGAUUAUCAUAAUAAGACAAAUGGCCGAUAUCUAGUCGGGUUUACCGAGGAUCGAAGAACAGCGGAAAAUGUCGACGAUGACGGAAUUCGCAAAAGAAGGCUCGCCAUGCUGGAUCUUCUGAUAGCAGCUCACAGAAAUAACGAGAUAGACAACGAGGGCAUCAGAGAGGAAGUUGAUACUUUUAUGUUUAGGGGACACGAUACCACGGCGGUGUGCCUUUGCUAUACCACCAUGCUUCUGGCUGAGCACAAAGAGAUACAGGAUCGAGCCAGGACCGAAGUAAACGCAGCUAUAGAAGAAUCCGAUGGGAAAGUCACCAUCUCCACUCUACAAAAUGUGCCAUAUCUCGAGAGGUGUAUCAAGGAAUCUCUGCGACUUUAUCCAAGCGUGCCAUUUAUAUCGCGUAAACCUGAAAUGGACAUGAUACUAAGUAAUUACGACGUACCUGCCGAUACGGUGGUCCAUAUGCACAUACUGGACACCCACAGGGACCCACGGUUCUGGCCUAAUCCGGACGUCUUCGACCCUGACAGAUUUCUACCCGAGAACGUAAAGGGACGCCACCCUUACUCUUACAUACCCUUCAGUGCUGGACCGCGGAAUUGCAUCGGCCAGCGAUUCGCCAUGUUGGAGCUGAAAGCAACGCUGUUAUAUUUACUACGCGAUUUCUACUUCGAGCCUGUCGAUCUUCUAAAAGAUACACGUAUAGCCACCGACUUAGUCCUACGUGCUAUGCAUCCCCUUCGAACGAGAUUCGUCCCCAUCGAGACGACGACGACUUUUGCAAAAAUGUUAACCGGGAUAUUGUUAUUAAUCGUUUCGGUGCUGCUACUGCAGUAUUUUGUUAUAUAUAAUAGCAAAUUUGCGAGGAUAAUCAACGAGAUACCAGGCCCUCGAAUAAUGCCGAUAUUUGGGAAUCUGCUCAAGUACUCCGUUUCGCCGGCGGAACUUUGGAAUCUUAUGCGAAGGCUGGGUAACGAAUACUAUCCAAUUUAUAGAAUAUGGACUAUCACAGCGCCGAUGGUGUACAUUCGUCAUCCGGAUGAUAUGGAGGUGAUUCUUGGAAAUCCCAAAUCCAACCAGAAAAGCGAUGUGUACGAUCUUCUGUUGCCCUGGUUCAACACCGGACUCCUAACCAGUUCAGGUCCCAAGUGGCAAGCACGCAGGAAGAUAUUGACGCCAGCCUUUCAUUUCACCGUGUUGCAACAAUUCUCCGAAGUUUUCAUGGAGGAAACGGAGCGUUUGAUCAGCAGCUUGAAGGCGGAAGGUGGUCCGGUCGUCAAAGAUCUGAUGCAUUUUUACAGCGAGCGCACUUUGAACAUGAUAUGCGAAACUGCGAUGGGGGUUUCGUUGAAAGACAAAGGGAAAUUCCAAUACAAGUAUCGAAAGGCUAUAUCCGAUUUUGGAGAUAUCACAGUGUACAGAUUCGUAAGACCAUGGCUGUACUCGGAGUUUCUGAUGAAAGUCCUUCCUCUAGGAUGGCGUCUAGCCAAAGUGCUCAAAAUAAUGCACAAUUUCACUAACGACAUCAUCGCGGAAAGGAAAGACUAUCAUAAUAAGACGAAUGGCCGAUAUCUAACCGGCUUCGACGACAAUUCAAGUAAAACGGGAACUGGAAACGACGAUGGAAUUCGUAAAAGAAGGCUCGCCAUGCUGGAUCUUCUGAUAGCCGCUCAUCGAGACAAUCAGAUAGACGACGCAGGUAUCAGAGAAGAAGUUGACACCUUCAUGUUCAGGGGUCACGAUACCACGGCGGUGUGUCUUUGUUUCACCACUAUGCUCCUAGCUCAGCACAAAGAGAUUCAGGAUCGAGCCAGGGAAGAAGCGGACGCGGUUAUGGCAGCAUGCGACGGCAAAGUCACGAUGUCCACCCUACAAGAUCUGCCGUACCUGGAGAGGUGCAUCAAGGAAUCCCUUCGACUUUAUCCAAGCGUGCCGUUUAUAUCGCGUCGACCUGAAAUGGACAUGAAAUUAGGCAAUCACUUUGUACCUGCCAAUACGGUGGUGAAUCUGCUCAUAACGGACACCCACAGGGAUCCCAGGUACUGGCCUAAUCCGGACACCUUCAAUCCCGAUAGAUUUUUACCCGAGAACUCGAAAGGCCGUCAUCCUUACUCUUAUCUACCUUUCAGCGCUGGACCGCGAAACUGCAUAGGUCAACGAUUCGCCAUGAUGGAAGUAAAGACAACGUUGCUGUACAUGUUGCAUAAUUUCUAUUUCGAGCCUGUCGAUCCCACCGAGAACAUUUCCAUGAACGUGGACGUGGUUCUGCGUCCCACGAACCCUAUCAGAACGAAAUUCAUCCCCAUCGAGCACUAGGGUUGAAGAGCGAAUGUCGACGAUGGCUUUCGUGGACGACGGGGUGUUGGAAACGUGUUGAUCUGCUCGUAAGCAGGAAACGCGAGACUUUGGAGUACAAAUAAAGUGGUUUUUAACGUUACAACGAUAGAAGGAUUCUUAACGACACUGGUAUUUUAUUUUUGUAACUUACGUUCAGUUUGUUAAGGAACGGUUCGAUAGGGACAGGCGUAAAAUAAAAUGUACGGAACGUUUAGUUGACGAUCACUUUUAAUAGUUGAAAUAGGAAAACAAUGUACAGAUACAGAAUUUACAUUCCUAGCCGACAAAAGUUGCUAGAUAAAAUGUUAAUCGUAAAAAAUGAAUUGAAAUAAAACGAUACACUUAA